CAUCCAAAUAUUCUUCUUCGAUUGCCGGCGAAAGACGUGACCCGAUCCAAGUGUGUCUCAAAGCAAUGGCUGUCUCUGAUAUCCAACCCUUGGUUCUGUCACUCCCACACUCACACGUCUUCUCCGUCUUCCCUUUGGGUCCGAAAUAGCCGUAUAGUCUCCUUCACCGACCAAUCUCAGGUAAGGACUUAUCUACCUUUUGAUGUCGAUGAAAUCAUCAAAUGGUCAUUUGAGGGUCCUUUCACUGAAAUUAUACAAUCAUGCAAUGGUCUUCUUCUAUGCAAAUCCUUACUUUUUGAUGGUCGUAAUACUAGCAUGGGUUGCCCUUACCUAGUCCAUAACCCAGUCACUGACAAAUUUCUCCUCCUUCCCUUCCCUCCUAAAAGUGACUUUUAUCGAGUACCUGAGCAUGAUUUCGAAAAAAUAGCUGCAGUGUAUUUGGAUUUUGAUCCUUUAAGGUCCUUUUACUUCAAAGUUAUUUCAAUUGUUAAGCUCCUAAUUGGUGGUGCUGAUAGUGGGAAGUUCAGGAUCUAUGUGUAUUCGUCCGAGACACAUUCGUGGGACAAGGGUGAGGUUUUCUUCACUGCUUCACCCGGUAUGAAGAUUGAUUCUGGGGUUUACUGCAACGGUGCUAUUCAUUGGUGCACUCCUGGUGAGGUUUCAAUGUACUUUGAUGUGCAUGAACAAUGCUUUAAGCCACUACCUGAACCCUCAUUUAAAAAGACUCGCAGGGAUGCUUGCAUUGUUGUUAAGUAUUUUGGGGAGUUCAAAGGGAAUUUGUAUUUGGUGUUGACUGAGGGCGAUAGCAAGUUGGAUUUUGAUGUUUUCAAGCUGAAGGAAGAUUACUCCAGUUGGGUUCUGAUAUGCCAUGUGGAUCUGAAUCUUGCAAGGGAUGGAUUUUUUACCAACAUUCCAUUAUUUCAUGUGGUAUGUGUUGUUCUUGAAGGAAAUGAAGAGGAUUGGAUGAUUGUAUUCCUAGUGGUCUCCAAAAUGGUGUCCUAUAAUCUAAAGGAUCAUGCUUCAAGGAUAGUCCAUGAAGUGGAUUUUAUUACAGAAUAUCAUGUAAUAGGAAAAUCAUUUCAUCAGUACUUUGAGACUAUAUGUAACGUCCCCUGAAUGUUAUUUGGAAGUUUACUUGUGCUUAGAAUUUUAAUCUUUUUAUUUAUAUC